AGAUUUAGACCUGGAUUCUUUUCGACAAUUCAGGUAGUCAACAAUAUUUUCUACAUUUUCCCAUAGAGAGACAGUGAGACAAACAAGAGAAAUAGAAAGAUGGCGACCUCUGCUAUCUCAUCUCUCUUUGAUCUUGCUUAUGCUUGCCAACCAAGAAAUCUCCAACUCAACAACUUCCCUUCUUGUCACCUCAAGCUUGCACCUUCAAGGUCUCCCAGCUUCACCGCAAAUCUCUCUCAUAGUUUCUUCUCCAAAGGAUGUCUGUCCAUGACCACAUUUCAGAGGUCAUAUCAUUAUACUGUUGUUGGCAUGGCCAGAAGAUACGCUUCCAAUUCUUCCCUGAGAAAGAAAUUGAGUAGAAAAAAGGGUGGUGAUAGAGGAAAGAAGAAUAAGAGGAGGAGGAAGAGAACCAAUAAGAGGAAGGGGAGGGAGGGGAAGAAGAAGAAGAGGAAGGAAUUCAAAGUUGUCAGGCUUGUCUCAGCUGCUGGGACAGGUGUUUUCUAUGCCAAGAAGAAGAGUAGGCAGAUUAAGGAAAAGCUUAAAUUCCGUAAAUAUGACCCUCAAGUGAAGCAGCAUGUUCUGUUUGAAGAGGUGAAAUGAAUUGUCUGUGGAGGUCUCUUAGGUUAGAUCUGUCCAUCUCAAAAACUUAUGAGGAUCAAUACAAGUUCUGCUAAUUCUAGGUACUUGAGAAUUUAGACAAGCAAGAAUGGACAGAGUUAUCCUUCAUGCCAUUUGUUUUGUACAUUCAUUUUUGUCCCUAUCAAGGCAAUUGCAUAUUGUCUUCAUGUAUAAAUUUAUACAUGUCUAGUGCUGUCUUGCAUAUUAACAAUUUCACAACUUUGUGUUUAACAUGAAAUGGACCUUUGGAAAGACCUUGAUUGAUGGUAGUAACUUGAGCUCAAAGAAGUUAAAGGAGGUUUCCAAUUGUUUCAA